GCAGAUUACAGAUCAAAAGGAACACAUCGUAUAUAAUACCCAAGGGAUUUUCCUUUCUACGUGAAACACCUAAACUUAUAAUUCGACAUUUCUCCGCACAGAGCUACUUACUUCCAAGUAGAAGUUCUUGAUUCACAAUUCGUCAAAAAGCAGGCAAAAUUGCUUGUAAUUUUGACUUGUAUUCACAAAUUUACAAGAAAAAUGCCGUCAUCCAGGAGUCCAGUAAGGGCAAUGCCGGUGCCUCUGGGUCGAGCUGGGCUGACGUGCCGAUCGAAGAGUUCACGAGGGCAGCCUGUGUUUCGGAAAAGCGGUCUAAGAGCAACUUUUAUGGCAAGACUUCGUCCUUUUAUGCAGGACUUAUUACUUGCCAUUCGUUUCAUGUUAUAUUCUUAAUGCUACUGGGAACAAGUUAGAAAUGUGAAAACUUCGACUCUCUCACAUUUUCUGCUGACGACCAAGUACUCAAUCAAGAGGUUUCUAAGCCAUCGGAACUUACGAGCCCACUUCGUAUCCGUUUUCUCGGUCUCCUGGUCUGUGCAGCUGCUCAGGAAUCUCCGCUGAUGAUACAUUUUGAGGGAGCUCCAGUGUUGGGUGACCUCAGCUUCGAAGACUUUGUUGAAGGAGGAAAUGUCUUAUGUUGAGCUUUAGUCAGUAGAUGUUUGGAGUAAAAACGGGACGAAGUCGUGACUAGGUACCAGAAGAAGGUCUACAUUAGGAAGGUUUUUCGAAGUGGUGCUUUAGCGAUGGUAGUGUUUUCCUAUCGUUCUGGGGCUCUGCGAUCCUAGUAAGUACUUUCAUUUUGUACUUACACGUCGUACCUCUCUUCUGAAGGUUCAACAAACAACAGGGACAUUAUUUUCAGUCUCUCCUUCAGUGCUGUUUCCUGUUAAGUUGUAACUGUCCAAAACAAACGUAACCGUACCGCUCUGCUGCUACAUUCUUUGCGUGAGAGCCAUCGUGAAGACCAUCUAUGACGCCCUUAAGGCAGUCUGCACUCAAUUUUGUGCGAGAUUAAUUGUAUUGCAUAUACAACUGGUUGGCCUCGCAAGUAGACACUAAUAGCUACAUAAGAGGCACCAUCCCAUGACAUGACAUGGCAUGACUUUUCACUACAUGAUCCAAACACGUCUAUAAUCUAUGGGAGCAGCGCCGAUGAUGGACGAUACCAUAGGGAGUCCGCUUGUUUUCGAGACUGACGACCCUGUCUCCGAUGGGCCUUUCUCCGACGGACCGGGACCUGGUAUCUUUGGGGUAUUGCCAAUGCUCAGUGCAAUGCAGAGUGCAGCAAGGGAACAAGAGUCAGGAGUGGCGCCGAAAGUUCUUACUACAGAAAAAUCUGGGAACAGGAAGGCAGCACCAGCCACGAAAGAGAACAAUGCCAAGUCUCCUAAUCAAGCUGGUAGUAAAUCCCUAGCAAAAUUUGGACUCGGUGACAAUGCGCUCAUCCGUCGCGGUACACCGGGACCUAUUCCUGCGCCUAUCAUUAUGGACACUUUUUUGUGUGACUUUCUAUUUUCGUAGCGGGGCCUUUGUGGGUCUACUGGAGUAAGUCUACUUUCAUCUAAUAUUCAAGACGUUCACUUCGUAGCACACCUCUAGAUACUCACAUACACAGAUGGUUUUUGAGCGUGAAACACUGCAUAAAUGUGGACGAUAAAAAUGAGGUCUGAAUGUCUUAUAUCUACUGCAUAUACAGCUUCGUUUGCGACUCUAACCUCUGGGCAAUCCUCAGCAAUCUGUUCGGCGAACCAUCUUCGAAAUCUUAUGGACACUGCUCACAAUUAUUGAAUAAUUCAUCAGUACAACUAAUAUUGAACGGUUAGAGCCGCAAUAUCGAUGGUCCUCGUGUGCUUCUAAGACCCUAGCCCCAUCGCACACUCUGAGCGCGUGACGCAGCAAGUGAUGCGAACGCCAGCUGGUGUACGUCACCGCGAGAUCAGGGUCUCCGAUGAUGGAACACGAACGGUGACUAUUACUUAUGAGAGGAGCAAGGAACUUCUCGUGAUCAAGAUGCUUGUCGAAGUUGGUUUGUGAUGAGGGUGGUUCUGAUUAGUAGCAAGAAAAGUCUAAGUUUCUUAGUAUCAAAAAAAGACAAGCAUCUAAUUAAAGGACGUCCAAACACCUCUUGCUAGGCACAUUCAUUCAUUCAUUCAUUCAUUCAUUCAUUCAUAUAUCACGACGACCGCUCGUCCUAAGUAAUCUUCAGAUCAUUGCCUUCUAACUCCAAGAACCGGAUGGGAGUAAAAGCGUGUCUGUGGAGAGACCGGUCCGAGGCGUAAAGCCGCUAGAAAAAGGUGGUCACGCUGUAGGCGUAGAUGAAUUUGUACGGCAUUUUCCGGUGCAGCCCUCGUUUUUCCGCUCACCCGAAAGUGACCCCUUCCAAGAUGGUACUCUGCAACAACGCUAUAGUGACCACCUCUUUCAAGAUGGUACGUACUUGCCUAUCUAAUAUGGUCACAUGAACUUCAACUUUACGGUUACAAUGGAGCAAAUAUAGAAUUGAAUCUUUCAACAUCUAGCAUUUUGGAGGUAAACAUGUUGAUGCUGUCCUCAACAGACCUCGGAUUAGGUGCAACAAUAUCGUCCACAUUCCGCACCCACUUCAACAUCAGAUGACAUUGGUCUGCAUUUGAUGUCUGCGCCUAUGGGGGACAUGAUGUUGCUGAAUAUGCUCCGUGCCCUAGACCAUCCACCGCAACUGAUUCAUAAGAUUGCGAAGGAUCAGAGCACAAAGCCACCUGCUUCUUCGGGUUCAAGUGGCAGCUCAACUUCAAGCGACACUAAAGCAAGUACAACAGCGUCGAGCAGUACUGGUACUGGAGGCAGUGCGAAGUUUUUAUGACUUUGAAUACGGAGUAGGAUCUUUGUUUGGCAAGUAGUAUUAGUAGUGGCAGUGAUGUGUAGUCUUGUAGUGAUUUGAUAAGUCUUGCAGUGAGGUGUAGUCUUGUAGUAAGGCAGUGAGGUGUAGUAUUGUAGUGGCAGUGAGGUGUAGUCUUGUAGUAAGGCAGUGAGGUGUAGUCUUGUAGUAAUGAACUUAUUUCACUCAGUCCAGCUCCAGUGGUGAAGAAGACGUCUUCUAAAUGUCCUCUCAUUUCCUCACAUUCUAAUAUGCGGUACAACCUCAUCUAGUAAGAGCGAACAAGAGAAAUCAGCGGAGAAACAAGAGUCGGAUCCCUGCGCGGAAGACCUCGUGAAAUUCCAAUGUCAAGACGUCGAACACCGACUUCAUUGUCUUGGCAAGCACGAGGAACAUUAAGGGGAUACGAUUUUCGCACCUAGAUGAAGAUUUCAUUUGAUAGACAGAGACGCACGAGCGCAAACAACAUGUUCAUCACAGUGACGACUUCAGCUGUUACUAGGAUGGUUUCCAGCAAUACACAAAUUAUGCUCUAAGCCUCGCUCCAGUCCUCAUGUCGCGAUUCGAUUUCAAGCGCAGUGCCCUUCGUCUGCCAUCAACCAAUCAACGACUUCCAGUGCGCUACGAUUUCAACUGGUGGCUCAGUGCUGGACUGUUUGGAGCCCCACAAAGCUUCUCUCGACGAAAAGUGCAGAAACAGUGUCGAGAUGACCAGCGCUUUCGUGAAGGCGUUCAAGAGUUCGAAAAACGUCGCCCUUCUGGAUCCCACCGAAGUGAGUAGUAAACCGUCUUUGGAUGUGAAGACGGUUUUGCAGUGGUACUUGUUACUGAUUUUGUUGUUGCACUUGGUUGUUUGUGGCCGCUGAUAUUGAACAUCAAGAAGUUCAACUUUAUUCUGAGUAGAUCUACUUGGAGAGGGCACGAGUACCACUUCCUUGACCACAUCCAAAACUCGUGCAACUACAGGUGUGCCGACGUGAUUGCCGGAUUAGUUGUUCUGGCGUUUUUGGCAGGGCUACUCAUUAGCAGCGUCCAGCGCGCUAUCUUGUACACGAAAGUGAAGAAGCUGAAGAGGAGAGAAAGAUUAUGGCUCAGAAGAUGAGUAAAAAGGAGACCCUCUACUGAGGAUGACUUUAGUUUACAAGAAGAAGAACUUGAUGUAGAACUAAAACACAGAAGCCAUCCUCCUCUCAUCUCUGAUGAUCUGAGUCGGUUCCUGUGCCCAAUGACCUCCUCUUCUCUCUAAUACCCAGCGAACUUGGAGCAGAGCUGACACAAGCAACAGACUAUUCUUAAGGCUACCGCUGAAGCAUCCUCAGGAUCACUCUUGGCGCUUUUUCUACUUGAAAAACGGACCAAGGAUGCACUCAGGGAUGCUAACGCGGUAGUUCUAAUAUUCUGGUGGUCAGGAUAAGGAUUUGGAUACCUCUCCAACAUUUCUAGCAGAAGAUGCUAUGGAUCUUCUUAGAAGUACCACUGCUUCCCCGAUCAAUUCUCCAUGUAGAUCGUCUUUGCCGCAGAAUUCGACGACGAGUCGAGGAGUUAUGCUUGAUAGAUGGGAUCUAUCAAUAAGUAGGAACUAUGCACCAAGCAGUUGAUACACAUCAUUGAUUCACAUCAUUUAGAUGACACCUAUUACAUACAGUUCUCAACAUCAACAUUCUUAGAUACAGUUCUCAAAAACAACGACAACAUGAACAUUCAUUUGUACAUUCUUUCGUACUGUUCUCUCUGCUCCCUCGAAGCUUAUUUCUCACCCUUUCUUGAUGGCCUCUUUUAGCUUAUAUUUUUAGAGAGAAUGAGAAGACUUUAAGGUUUUGAAAGCCAUGUAAUUACAGCGUUUCUAAGGAUUUUAGGAGAAUAGAAGCGCAUGAAGAGGCAACCUCAUCUACGCCCUUGUUCUCGGUCCCGACUGGUGAAGGUACAACUACAAGCACGACUAGUUCGUCGCCGACCUCACCAAAUAACGACUCAGCAUGGAAAGAUGACACGUGCUCCGUGAUCUCCACCUGUGCGGAAACCGAUGACUGCCAAAGCGUGAGGAGCUUAAUCGUGUGAGGAUUUUCGGUUUUCAUGUCAGACUAGGAUUGUCUCCAUAGAUUCUUUGCACAGUGAGGCCCCAAGGGCGGCAUCAGCUGUAUAAGUUGUCAUGAUCAUCAGUUGUAUAAGCUGUCGUGAUCAUGCGGCAUCAUGCUGCCUUUUCUAAGCAGUGAUGCAGAACACUCUUGUCAUUCACGAGAAUACUAUCAUUUUUAACGUCAUAGUUAGAUGGGAAAAACAAAAUGCACAGCACUCUUUGAAUAAUCGGAAUGUCGUACUCUGCAAGUAGUCGGUGACUGUCAUAUUUUUAUUUGAGCGAAGAUGUCCAUUUUUUCUGCCUAAGCUUCUUUCAUCUGUGUCUUCACACUGAAGCUGAACAUGUAAAGAUUUCUAAGAAGGAGGAACUGUGUUGUUGGCAUCACUUUGUUCUAUCGUGAACUGUGAAUGCACGACGUUUUUUUGUCGAUCAAGAUAGAUAGAAGAA